AUGAUAGAUGUGAAGACACCCUUAACAUUAGUUCUCAUUCUGGCACUAUCUUUUGAAGCAGCCAAAGGAAUCCCCAACACCAAUUUGACACAAGUCCUGUGCAAUGGUGCACAAUACUUCAAAGAUGAUCCAUUUGCAAUAAGUCUAGCCUAUGUUCUUGCAGAACUAGUGAGCACCACGCCAUCGCGUCACGGAUAUGACUACCACAACAUUUCUCCCUACCCCAAUGCUUUUGCAUAUGGACAUGCUGCUUGCAACAACAACACUACUACUACUUCUCUAACCACACAAGAUUGUAAAACUUGUUUGGCUUCAGCUAAAGAUAAUUUGCUUACUAGUUGUGAUGCUCGAAUUGGUGGUCGUGUUCUUCUUGUUGAUUGUACAAUGAGACUAAAAAGGACUCAGGAAAACAGUUCUAUGAUAAAUGUAACUGAAACUGGAACCUAG